GUUUGAAAGAUAUAUGGGAAUAUUGAAAGGAUAUGUGAGAAACCGGUAUCGACCUUAUGGUUCAGUUGUAGCAGUUGUCAUUCAGUUGACACAAAUCCAGUUACAACAGUUCAGAGUCCAAAAAGGUGUUUACUAGCAGUAUGUCCCAAUGAAACACCAAUUGAUGUUGCAAAGGGUAUGGCUCAUCCAAGUACUGACGAGACUUUGGUGAAUCACCAACCAUUGUUGCAUAACUGUGUUAAAGUUUCGGUGGAUGAAGUGAUUAAGGGUAGAGAACACUUUAAUCUCCCCUUACCAGAUCAGCAAUAUGUCACUAUUGCAGAUAUAGUAGCAGUUUUGCACAAUGGCCUAUGCAUUUAGUGACUUUAGAAGAGAGUUCAUCAAAACAAAAUAUGAAACCAAAAGAUCAAAGUGCUGAUCUAUCUACUACUGGUGCACGAGCUCCCAUUGUUGGUGAUGAUGUCUUACCGCACUUGGGGGAGAAUUGCAAGUGUUUAGUGGAUUUGUUGACAGGCUUUCCACUUGGUAAAGACUGUAUUGAGUUGGAGCUGGAUAAAGCAAUCUUCCAUCAUAAAAACACAAGUUAUAUUUUUGUGAUGAUGAAUGAUAUAGUGGAUUUGAUGAUAAUGAAUUGGCUUAAUGUCUCAAUCAUACAAGUGUUUAUACUAUUUCGUAAUCAGUUGUGCAAUCAGUAUGACGUUAGGUCAAUCGGGUUUGUCUGUCCGACUCAAAUUUGCCACACACUAUGCUUAAAAGCAGUUCCAGCAAAGUUACAUCAUAUUUCAUCCACGUCAUGGAGCAUCACAAAGAUAAAAACUUUAUUUUAGCAUCAUAUCAUCAAGACUCUCAUUGGUUACUUUUGGUGAUUUGCAUACGGUCAAAAAGCGUAUGCAUCUUGGAUCCCUUGCCUUCUAAUCGCAACAUAGGUUUAAUUAAAGGCUCUGUGAAUUUGGCAUUUCGCUUUGUUCCUACGAGUGCAUGGGUUAAGAGCAUCAAUUGGAAGCCAUGCAAAUGCCCGAUCCAACCGGGAGGUCAUGAGUGUGGAUAUUAUGUCAUGCGAUACAUGUAUGACAUCGUGACAAAAUAUUCAUCUGUUGAUAAUUUGGAUGGGGCAUUUGAAAGCGAUAGUCCGUGUUCUAUCGACGACAUAAAUGAGCUUCGAGAGCAUUGGUUAAAGUUCUUCUUUCCGAGUGCUUAUAACUUUUAUUUUAUUGAUAAAAAGUAUUUUGUUUUGAUGAUAGUAUUGAGUUGGGCAUGUUUUGAUGAUAUUAUUGUAUUAAAGUAUGAGAAUUUUAAGUGCUAUUGUAUUUUGAUGAUAGUAUUUGCAUUGUGUUUAAUUUGA